AUGCCUCAUAAGACUCUCACCCGCGAGGAGGCUGUUCUCAAGCAGGUGGCCGGAACUGACGCCACCGUGGCAUUUUACAACUUACACCGGCAAGAAGUUGCUCAAAGGUACUCAAACCUCUGCAUAGGUCAGAUCGAGGGCGAUCCCCAGUUCAAAAGCCCCUAUUACAAGGAAAGCCACCGUAGGUUGCAAAAGGCCAUGAGAAUAUUUACAGACGAGGAAUUAUAUCCAGUUGCGCAGGAGUGCGAGAAAACCGGCAAGCGCACCCCCCAAGAACUCGUUGACUCAAUGUCCAAGGGAAUCCUACUUAUGCGCAUUGGACCCGGCAAGCAUCUGCAUGGCGUCAACAUUAUGGACGGAGCUGUGAAAGGCGAGGACUUUGACUAUUUUCAUGACUUAAUAAUUACUCAAAAGAUGGUUCAAGCAAACGCUAGGGUUUUCCAAGAUGGAAACAAGGCUGGAAUGACCAUAAGUCUGACAGCUGUACUUCAAUUUGCCAAUAAUGAGGCUUGGAAGAACAAGACCGCCCAGGAAGUGUUUUCGGGCAAGAAGGAGGUAUAUCUAGCUAUUACAGAAGCGUUUGCGGGUUCAGAUGUCGCAGGAUUGAGAACCACUGCAGAAAAAACCCAAGACGGAAAACAUUACAUUGUAAAUGGGACAAGAAAUUUAGUACAACCAACUAUUACAAAUGGAGUCUUUUGCGAUUACUUUGUGACUGGGGCCAAAACAGGCAAAGGUCUUUCCGUCAUUCUGAUCGAGAGGGGAGAAGGUGUGGAGACGGAAGCUAUCAAAACGAGCUACUCUGCAGCUGCUGGGACGACAUUCAUCACAUUCGAUUCCGUCAAGGUUCUGGUCAAAAAUCUUCUUGGGGAGGAGAAUAAAGGGCUUCACGUAAUCCUAUCCAACUUCAACCACGAGGGGUGGAUGAUGGCUUGCGCUGUCAUUCGAGUGAGACGACUGGUAACAGAAGAAUGCAUAAAAUGUAGCAAUCAACGGUUGGUAUUCGGAAAGAGGUUGAUCGAGCAACCCGCCGUCCGCCAGAAGCUUGCAAAGAUGAUAGCACACUGCGAGGCUAACCAGGCAUGGCUCGAGAGCAUUACCUAUCAAAUGACCCUGAUGCCUUACAAGCAACAGUCUGCCCAUUUAGCUGGGCCCAUAGGUCUUCUGAAGAUGUUUGCAACACGCUCGGCUCAUGCGAUAACAGACGACGCCACCAUUGAAAUGUUCCACCGUACUUACAAACUCGACGCGAUCCUGGGCGGUGCUGAAGAGGUUCUCGGCGAUCUGGGUGUGAGGCAGGUGCUGAAGAACAUGCCCCGGAGCAUGCUGUAAGAGCGGGUGUUCUGCGUGAGUGUGAGGUACACGGAAUAACCGGAACGUCAAUUGAAGAUAUCUCCAGCUCCCGUGCCAGCAAAUCCGUGUGUCCUGUUCAGAUAUUGGAUCUUGGAAACCUGCAUCCUCUGUAACGAUGGAUUCAGGGGUUGUAAACACAGACUUUGCCUCUGUGUAGAAUUCCAAAUGGAAGACGCGCCCGUUGAAGCGCCCCAUGAGCCUUUUCCAUACUUGGG